GAUACCAGACUAGAAAAUUAUCGAUUUCCGAGGCGAUUUGACGGCCAGCAGGGUUUUAAACGUCUGAUGUUUAUGCCGCGAUGGAGACGUAAAUGCUGUGUAAUUUUCUUUCUUACGAUGGAAAGACUUUCAGAAAAAGAUGAAACUUCAAUGUCCAACUUCCAGACGAUGGCAGUUUGUGUGUGAUUCGUCUCAUCUCGUCCACUAGCAUCACCGACAGCAUGGCACUGAAUCACGGGAGUAACUCCAGGAGUCGUAGCCUGUCCACCAGCUCGGCUUCCAGCUACAGCCUGUCUGAUAGAGGGUCAUCGUUGACGUCAGAGAUUAUGCCCAUUGGACAGUACAACUCGAAGAAGGCCAAGUUGUGUGCCUCAAUACGAUGGCUGGUCUCCAAGGCCUACAGUAGCUCUACCAUUCCUCCUGAUAUCAGAAGCCCCUUCUUCAAGGACAAAGAGGGCGAGGACCAUCUGCGCCCGGCCGUCAUCUACCAGCUCUCGUCGGGGGAGCUCUACAGCCGGGCCUGCGCCAACAUCUUCCCUCCGUCCCUCCACCAAUGGCAGGGCCACUGGAGCGUCAUUCAGGGCUUGUCGCGACGAGGGAUCUACGUGGUGGACGACAAGCGGCAGCCGGUCACGGAGGCAGUGCUGACCCAGACGCAGAGAAUUAAACUGAAUGCCCACCUUGCUGUGAUGGAUUCCAUAAUGACGGCCUACACUGGAGAAGUUGUCAGCAUUGAGAAGAUCGUGCAAGCUGUCAGACGUAUCGCAACCUUCAACGCCUCCAGCGAGUUGCCUUUUGACCUGGAGAACGCCCUCGUCUUCUGGGUCAACAAGGUGUGCGUCGCGUCGCGGUAUCGGAUGGAGCGGGAGCGCAGAAGCCAACAACAGGACCAAUCUAUGCAGUCACAAGCACAGAAGGUACGGAUCAAACGGCAGCAGCUACAACUCAAGGAGCUCCCCUGUGUUCCCGUCAUCAAGAACGUCACCAAGGACGUAUCGGACGGCCGCAGCCUCUGCCUGCUGAUACACCACUACUGCCCUCACCUCUUCUCAUUGGACGACGUGGACCUCCAUGACACCAUGUCCUUCGCCGACUCGGUCAACAACCUCCAGCAGGUGGAGAACUUCCUGGAGGAGCACCUCCCUGAGACCCAUCACUUCACCUUUGAGGACCUGCUCUACUCCCCCGAGGUUUUGAGAGUCAACAUCUUGGCCCUCAUCGCUGAGCUCUUCUACUGGUUUGAGGUGGCCAAGCCGCCACAUCUAGGCUUCAGCCAAGACCAAGGACAAAAAGUUCCAGCGACCCCCGAUGGAAAGUCCAGGGUGCAGCAGCUGCCCCCGCUUCCCAUCAGCUCAGCGACGAAGAAGAGUUUCCACGGCGACGCAUCGUCCCCGAGGUCGGAGCUACGGAGCGCAGCGAGCAACCCUGAAAUGAAUCGGAUCACGUCCGCCAGUCCUCAGAGGUCUCAAUCCCUUCUAGUUCAUCGGGAGAGGAGGCAGCGGAAUGCCCUCCACGCUGACCAAACAGAGGAGAGUCCCUCCAACCUGAGACGGGCCAGCUCCCUGGAGAACAUCGAAGCCAGACAGUCCUUCCUGGCCUGGCAGAGCCGGGAAGAAGCCAGGGAAAGAUCGCAGACGUUUGGAACCUUGAGCCCAGGUGAUGGCCCAGCCUCCUCUGUUCGAGACAGCAAUGCCAGCAACCUCCUGGCCAAUGUCAGCAUCGACAGCAACGUCAACGAAAGCCAGAACUUUGCCGAGCUGAACGCUCUCCCGAACCUGAAUGGCAGACCGCCUAGGGAUGGCAAUGGCGAGGGACUUGCUGCGCACUCGCAGUUUGAAAAUGACGAUGAUUUGGAGGUGGAGAGCUUGACCUCGGCACUGUCACGCAUCUCGCGGCAAGCUGAGAAGCCGGUCUCGCGGAGUAUGAAGGAAGAGGUACUUGCCAGCAGAUCACCGGGGGAUGAGAACGGCUGCCCGACCGAUCAAGAGUUGACCAAUGUGACUCCUCUGAGUAGCAUGUCCUCGAAGCCGAGUGAGUCGUGGGACUCAGGAACUGGUCAAACCAACCAAUUGGACACGAGACGGAUUGUGCCUGACCAAUCGUAUGACAGAAAUGGUCGAUCUGACUUGUCAAGGACAAAUGCUAAUGGAGGAUUUGGACAUUUGGAAACAAUGGAGCGAGAUUUGGAAGUAACUGCUUCCACGCAGUCGCGAAGACGCCUAAAGCUGGAUAUCCAGCCUGUUGAUACAAAACAAAGUGAGAGACUCCUCCCAGCGGUUGUGAAGCCGCUCAAAGAGAAAUCCCGCAGUGUGAACAAGAAAGAGGAGAGCGGGGAAGGGAGGCGGAUCGGCCGCAACCCACGCGAGGAGAAACCCAGGAGGUCGCCUAACCCAAAUGGCAGCAACAUGAUGACAUGGUCCAGGAAGCACAGCACUGGCGGGGAAGGCGAGUCGCCGGAGAGCCUGGAUGCGACAACGCCACUGAGCGGUGAGAGUAUAGCUGAUUCACUUGCCGGGGAUGCUGCACAGCAGCAGCACCGCCUGGCCUGGCAGAAGCCAAGACCUGCACCACACCAGGUCGAUCCCACUUCUGACACCGCCUCUCACCUCUGCCAACCAGAAGAGCCGCAUGUGGCCCAUGCCAAACACGGCGAGGCCUUCUUCAUCCACACUCUUGCACAGCCUGAGCAAUCUGUAGGAAGUAGUUCUCUUAGCAGGACUGGCACUGGUAGCAGCUUUACUAUUGCUGACAGGCAGUAUACGGCGGCUAGCGCCAUGGAGGCUGGUAUUCCUGUCGUCUCUUCUCUGGCUGAUCUCCAGGACGGGGACAACCCGGCGUCCUAUGACUACCGAGCCAGCCCCCGCCAUCCUUCCGCUCACCCUAACUUGCAUGCCGCACCCCUGCACCAUCCUGUUUCCGCUUGGCACCCUACUGAGAGCCCCUCUAGCAACCCUCACCCCUCGAACCCCUCCCCCAACCUGCAUGCUCAGUCCAAUCCGCCCAUGCAUGAAACCGCUUUCAAUCCUAACGCUUUGCAUUCAGGUGGUGACAGGCCCGGCCUGACGCAUGCGGAGUCCCCACGGGGACGCCCUAACACAGGUAUGGACACAGGUAGUGAUAACAUUCCCCACCAUCAUCAUCAGCCCCAGAGUCCGGAGAAAGAGUCCUCUAAGUUGCAUGCCGAUCUGAUUCAAAGAGAGUCCGCUGCAGACCUACGAAAACCUGUCGUAAUGACGUUUAACUCUAACCUCAGUCCCGAUAAAAAGUCAACUUCCGAGAAAUUCAUUAUUCCAGCUACCUCAUCCCCUGUCGUUAACUCUCACAAAGAUGGUGACCUUACAAAGAAACCAAAUUCCUCUCAUUUCACAGUCUCUCAGGAACAGGAAGACCUUGACGACUUUGAAAAAACAGAAGCCCGGUUGGCCCAAGAAAGCCUUACCUUGGACACAAAACACACUAAUCCAGAAUCCAAUCCCAAGUUGGCAGUAGACCCCGAUAGCUCAUUAAGUAUGCAUUCAAAGCCAGAGUUCAUCCCCUCUACUCAUCCAAUCACAGUAGCGCAUUCCCGCAUGCCACUAGAGUCGGCCAGUAGCGACCCCGAAAGCCAGGUGCUUACCACCUGGGAUGCUAACUCGAAACAAACUCCUUUGUGUGGCAUUAUUAACACAGGUGGUGGUGGGGACCCAACCCAGCCCGGAAACCCGGCGGCGGGUGACUUGGUUCAAAUCCGGGCCCGCCUGGAGGAGAAACGCCGGCUUAUGGACUCUGACAAGCGCAAACUGGAGCGCCAGUUGAGCAAACAGCGGCAGCGCAUGGGGAAGGCCGCGUUUCUCCAGGUCUUGGCUAAUCAGAAGCGGGGGAAGGAUAUCUCUAGCGAAGACCAACCAAUCAGGACUGAGGAUGAUCGAGCCCUUGGCGACGAGAAACUGAAAUCACAGGAUGGUUACUCCCGCGAGGAGAUCGAGCGAUCCAUUGAGAGAUCACGAUCCCAGUGGGGUAGCAAUCAGGCUCAGGAAGGCAAGAUUACUUUUGCCGAUCUGGGCUCCAACAAGGACAAGCAGCUUUCCAAUCGGAGUGCUGCAGACAGUCCCCGAUCGCAGAGACCUGCGGCCCCAAGCCACACUCCAGCCCCAAGCCACACUCCGGCCCCAAGCCACACUCCGGCCCCAAGCCAACCUCCGGCCCCAAGCCAACCUCCGGAUAGCUCACCUAGAAGAUCCGAGUCCCCUCAGAGCAUCCCAGAGGUCCCUGCUGGCAAAGGCAGCCCCGGUUCCAGCUCCGGGUCCCACUCCCCGCACAUGACAUCGGAGGAGUACAACACCUCCUUAGAGAAGCUCAACGCCAACUUGUCGCAGCUGCAGAGCGAGAUCCAACGGUUGUCGCUGCGCCAGGAGCAGAUGCGGAGUGUCAUGGAAUCCCCCCGCCCUCCAAGCGAGCGCAGCCAUUCCCCCCAGCAGGCUCUGCCUUCAGAUGCCAAACCUUUCGUCUUACAAGCUGAAAGCAACGCAACUGCCGAACCUCAAGGGUUCUUUUUGACCUCGGACACCAACAAAGAACCCGAGUCUUUCGUUCUUCAUGACAAUCCAGUCUAUGACAUGUCUGGCAUGGAUGCGCAAAUUCCCAGCCCCCGCCCGGUGGGCCCGGUGCAGAAGCUGCCCGCAGAAGUUGGACGGGGUUCCAUCACAGGACCCGCGGACCCAUCGCAAAGUCUGAAAUCGUCAUACCCGGCCAAUCAAGUCCCGUCCACGCCACCGGACAGUUCGUACAUCAUUCCACCCUCGGUGACCCCAACCAAGAACCAGGACGUCAGCGAGACGAGCAAGCACGAACCCCCGCAGAAUCUGACCCGCGUCUUGUCCUCAACGCCAGCCAACGGGCAGCCCCGCAACGCAGAUGCCCUGACCAAUCAGCACCAGCCGCCUCUUCCGACGGUUGCGGGUUUGUCCAAUCACAUGGCACAAAUGUCGAAGAAAGAACAGUCGGCACCCAGCCCCACAGGCACCAACGAGGUUGUGAAAAGACAAAAGAAAAGUCGCACCGAGGCCACGUCGCCCACUCGGAAAAAGCGCAGCUCAUUGUAUGAGAUCGUUGGUGAGGGUGAUGACGAUGACGAUAACAGUAGCGAGGAUGAAAGCUUAGUAGUGCGCCCUCUAGAUUCGACAGGAAAUACAUCCUUACACUCAGACUCAAAAACUAAGGGAUUUGUUAUUGCUGCAGAAACGGACCAAUUGGAUGAGGUUGAGAAACGCAAGAUGCUGUUCCUCCAGAAUCGUCUCAAGAAGCAGGAGGAGGAGAAAGCCAAGAGAGCAUCCCGGGAGGCCGACAUGGAGAAGAAGAGAGAACAGAACAGGCGGAAACAAGAAGAACUGGAAGCCAAGAAAGCCGAGGAGAAAGCGCGGAGGGAACAGAUCAGGCUGGACUACCAGAGACGCAAACAGCAAGACCAACAGGAGAGUGAACCACCCCCAACGAGGCGGGCCAAGUCGACCAAGCCCCGCCCCAAAUCCUGCAUAGUGGAGGACCAAACGGAUUUCGGCCGGCCCGCGGCAAGCCGCUACGGCUCGGAUCGGGACCUGGACAAUUACAGUGCCCCGAAGAAAUCCUUCACAGUGAAAGCGCCCUCUAGUGGUGGCAGUGGUGACAGUCACCUCAAAGCGCCCCCUGUUGCCGGCCCCGUGCCAGCUGGGGCCGUGGGUGGCGCCGCUGGUCCCAAGUUGUACGUUAAGCCGACAACGAAAUCCAAUCGACACAUCAUCACCAACGCCAUCUCCCACUGCGUCUUGGCCGGCACUGUCAACAAGGAUCACAAGGAGAAAGUCCUAGAGGAGUUGGCCAAGGCCGAAGCCAAGCAUUUCAUCAUCCUGUUCCGAGACGCUCAGCUCCAGUUCCGCUCGCUAUACGGCUACUCACCGGACUCAGAGGAACUCUACAAACUCUUCGGAGUCGGGCCUAGACACAUCACCCACAAGAUGUAUGAGAACCUAUACAAGUACAAUUCCGGCAGUAAACAGUUCAGCAAGAUUCCCUCCAAGACGAUGUCUGUCUCGGUGGACGGUCUGACCAUCGCUUCGUCUUACUGGCUGAAUAAAAAAGGCCCCUCCAAGAAGAAGUGAGGACAAUCUCGCGUCUCAAUCUAGCCUCUUAGAAAAGUAACGAGAAAAUGCAGACUUCGUGCCAGUUCAUACUCCAUGUGAAUGUGAAGCAAAUUCGACGUCAUGAAAUAUUCACUGCGAAAUUCGCCAGAUUUGAGAUGUGUUCAACUUUUGCAAAUUCGCAGCGCGAAAACUUAUCAUGAUGUCACAAAUUCGUUUUCGCAUUCACUUCGCGCCGAGUAUGAAUUUGGCCUUGAAUUUUACUUGACUUGUCACAGCGUCAUCAUCAAUUAUCAGCUCUGCAUAAAUUAAUAAGGAUAGACCUCAAAACUCCCAGACACUUCAAAAUCCACCUGAAGUUUUUUUUUUUAGGAUUUUGAAGGAUUGGGGGAGGUAAACUCCCUUCACAAUGGACCCUUCCCUGCCUGUUAAUCAGACAGGGCGCAUUGACCAAUGAAAUCGCAUGCUUUGGUCAGGUGACCAUGGCAGCUCAGUCAAAUUCAUUCAUAAAACCAAAGGUGGGCGGGGCUUAUGACCAAUCCGGAAUGGUCCAUUGCACUAAGUUGAAAUAUAAGGGGUGUUUAUUUUUUUAACACAAUGGAGGAUUUCAGAGGAUUCAGACAUGUUUCUGACAAAAUUUGUUGUUAAAUGUGCAAAAUAAUUUCAAACUAACACAAAAACUUCAAAAUGCUCUUCAGUGUGUAAAAUACUGUGAAUGGAAUCUUUAAUGUUUCAACUAUUUCUCCGAUUUCCCCAACUUUUUUCCUGAAUUUUUUUUUUUUUCGCAUGGAAGAAUUUUUCCAUACAUUUCCAGAGUGAUAAGCAUCACGCUCUCGUUCAAGUGCCGUAUAGUAUAUAAACUUAUAUUAACCAAACUAUUAUAUUGUAUUUAAAAACCUUAAUACGCGUACAUAUUACAGUCAGUGCAAUGUUAUAUUCGUGUCGCCUAUUAUCGGUCAGUCGGUGUCGUGGAAAGUGGUCAAAAUGGUGGUCAGGGAAAAAACGAGAUCAAUUUAUAAAUCUUUUAAUCAGUUCUGCUGCGAAAUUGAAACUUGAAACAAUUCUUUUGGACAUAAACCAUAAAACAGGACAACUUGCAAGCUACGUAUAUUUCUUCUUUAACGUUUUGGACAUCAGUUUUGAUUGGUUAUUAAUGGUAAUACAUUUAUGUAAUCAUUUCAUAUUUUGGGCAUUGGGGGAUAAAUUGUUAAGGUUUGGUUUGGGUUUCUUUGUUGCCGGGAUCCAUUAGGCAGGUGUCUUGAUGCUAUAAGCGUGUCUAAAGACAGGACAUAUUUUCUUAAAAAUUUGGACAAAAUUUUUGCAGUCAGUGUGACCAACCUCUCAACGUAAUGAUCGCAUAAUGGUUUCUAGGUUCAUGUAGAUGUAAGCAUACCCCUACCCCACCCCACCCCCCCCCCCCCCCAGGAAAAAAGGAGACGAAUUGCCCUUCAAUCUAAGCAAAGACUAUCUUGUUUUGACCACAAACGAAAGAAUAUUAAUCCAGAAAUUUAAGCCCAUUGCAUUUCCUUAUCUUUUUUUUAUUUCAGCUCUCGAAACAGUAAAACAACAGGAUACAUUUAUUACAUAUUUUUCUUUUGCUCUUCUACCAUUGUACAGAACCUGACCCUUUGAACAUUAAUGUCAGCAUUAUUUAUAUGACACUCAUUUAUAAUUAUUUAUUUUACUUUAACAGUUGGUUUAAUACUAAGGUGGCAAAAGCUUUAAUGAUAAAUAUUCAUAAAACUGUUAACAUAAGAAUGCAUUAUUUAUACUUCAGUCAAUUUCUACCGACCUUCAGGCCGUUUCAUGCGAAUGCGAAGCGAAUGUGAAUGCGAAAUUCACUAGAGUUGAAGUAUGUGUCAAACUUUUGUGAAUUCACAGCGCGAAAACUUGCCAUUAUGUCACAAACGCAGUUUAGGCCAGUUCACAUUUUGCAUAUGCAGCGCAGAUGUUAUGUCCCAAAACCCUCGCAGCGAAAUUCACCAAUGAAAUGUGUUAAACUCUUGCGAAGACUUUAAUAGCGUGACGUCACAAAUUCAUGUUGGCUAUCGCGAUAACAGGUGCUUAAAGGUAAAAAUUGUGUAUGCCCCAACAUUGCGUUGCAUUGUACAAUGUACAUGUGCUGCAUGGUCGUAGGAUAGACUCGUCCAAGUCCCACAUACUGCCAAUGAGAAAGUCCACUGCAGAAAUUUGAAGGUGUUCAAAGUUCAUUACCGUGAUAGGAAAUCGAUGUGAUUCAUGAUUAGCGUUUUAUUCCUAAUAAUUCAUUAAGUUUUUCUUUAAAAGGGAUACAAAUUGGUGAAUUUGUACGAGUCUUUUAAAAAUCUAUCCAGUUGCAAAAAAAUAAUUGUGGUUAAAAAGUUGUUUAAACAGUUUUAAGUGUUGAUCUAAAAAUUGCAAGAGAAAUUUAAAAAUCCUUACUGCAAAUAUUGUUGCAAUUUUCCUAUUUAAUUAUUUUUGAUCAGGGUUUGAUUUUGUUCGUUUUUUUUUAAUUAUUAAUUAAAGAAGCAUUUGUAUAUAAUUCAAGCAAAUUACGGUAAAUUUGUCGAGAUGUGUAGGUGACAGAAAAAGAAAUGUGGUUAACGUCAGCUUUACAACUUUGCUUUUCUGUAUAUACUUUGUUAACGGCUUGGCCAAAUAAAAGAAAAGUCUGUGAUAUUAUUAA